CAUCGCCUGUCACUAGUGUCAAAGCUAGCAAGCGGACGCUGUUGCCACACACCGCUAUUAUAACCUUAAAAUAGGACUAAUUAGACUUUUUAAACGACGUGGUUUAGAGUUCAAACGGUCUUGACCGUGACGAUUAUAUUGUCGCCGGAUGCGACAGCUGGAUUAAUUUGGGAAUUUCUUUUCUCGAAAACUCGAGUCUCGGCUCAAGAGAACCAGUGUCCCUCUCACUCAGGAUGCCAUGCCACAAUCAGCAAAUGAGCACUGUAAACACCGGCCAGGACCACCCAAUGAAGCAAGUGCGCUUUGCCACUAACAGCAGCGGCAAUGUGACCGCUGUGUUGGCCACUCACGAGGCAGGUGAUGCCAGUAGCAGACAGCCCGUAAACCAGGACUCACUUGGACCCCAACUCAAACUGCUUCCUCUCAAUGACCAGAUACGAGAAUUACAGACUAUUAUUAGAGACAAGACUACCAGCAGAGGGGAUUUUGUGUUUUGUGCCGACCGACUGAUUAGACUUGUAGUGGAAGAAGGCCUGAAUCAACUGCCUUACUCAGAGUGUACAGUGACUACACCAACAGGAUAUAAAUAUGAAGGAGUCAAGUUUGAGAGAGGUAACUGCGGCGUCAGCAUUAUGAGGAGUGGUGAGGCCAUGGAGCAAGGUCUGCGGGACUGCUGCCGUUCCAUUCGCAUCGGCAAAAUACUCAUCCAAAGUGACGAGGAGACCCAGAAAGCCAAGGUCUACUAUGCCAAGUUCCCACCCGAUAUUUACAGAAGAAAAGUGCUGCUCAUGUACCCCAUUCUCAGUACUGGGAACACGGUGAUUGAAGCAGUGAAGGUGCUGAUCGAGCACGGGGUCCUGGCCAAACACAUUAUCCUCCUCAGCCUCUUCUCCACACCUCACGGGGCCAAAUCUAUAAUCCAGGAAUUCCCAGACAUCACCAUAUUGGCAACAGAAGUUCAUCCAGUGGCGCCAACACAUUUUGGACAAAGGUAUUUUGGCACAGAUUAAAUCCAGGACACAGGGAGCAACAUGGGCUUGUAAUUGUUUUCAGUAUGUUUUUGUUGCUUGUUUUAAAAAAGAAGAAAAUCUCCUUGUGCCAAAUACUCUUUCUGCGAAAAUGAAACUAUUUAUUCUAUUGAUUUCUUUUUUCUAUUUGUCAUAUGAAUACAAACAAUACUAAGCCGUAUCGAGAUCAUUUUACUUUGCAUGUUACAAGUGGUGAUUUAAUAAAGGAUUUAUAUUUGUUACCAAAAGACCACCAAAUGGAAAAUAACGAUAUUUACAGACAAACAUAAAUGACACAAUCACACACAAUAAUCCAAAGACCAGUUUGCACGAGCAUUUGAAAAUACUGUCUUGUGGCUGGUGAAAAAGAUAUUUUUUACUGUUAGAGAUCCAGGUGUCUGAUACAUAUGAUAUGUGUCACUGGCAUAUACCUGUAUAUUUUUAAUACAUAUUCAAUGUGUCACACAAUGAAGCAAAAUAUGCAGACACUGCCCGCAGCAGCUAUGUCUCGCUAGUUAAUUUUAGCAAUAAAUAAACAUCCGCAUUUUCUGAAGGUUUUUACAUGCACAUACAUUGAAAACAUAACAACAUAAAUGGAAAAUUACGAAUGACAGGGGAGUAUUGUCAGACAUGAGUGUUACUUGAUUGGUCCAACAAAGUAGAAUUAUCCUGUCAUGAAGUCAUGUGGUGGUGAAGUGAAAAUGAAGUAAAAACACAUCUAGUUGCAUUUAGGCUUUGGGUCAUUGUCAAUAAACUGUCGUCAGAA